UUUGAGCAUCAGAUGCGGGUUGAUACGUAGUGAGGAUCUGGAUCUGGACCUGGACCUGGACACCACCACCUCACCAGGCUGCUGAACCGGGACACCAGCUCAAAUCCGCGUCUUUUGUUUUUUUUUUUUUCCGGUUCCACGUUUCAUCAACAAUAAUCUCCUCCCUUCAGUUUGUGCAAAAUUCACAGCACUGACCCACCUUUGUUUCGUUCAUCACCAUCACAGCAACGAGGAAGCGCGUCCACACAGGGCACCUCUCAUCAUUCUCCAAAAAGAAAGGGCUGACAAGAGGAGCAUACAGCUUGGCAGCUUACAGAGUCGACAAGAGCUUCUCCAGGACCAGAACCUUAUGGAAACAAGAUGGAAGGAUUCCUCGUAUCUCUGAUGAAGUAGAGCCCUCACUAGUACACUCCCAACCUCCAUUUCUUCUUCCCUCACUUUCAAAGGGUUGCAGAAUGGAUGAGCAGAGAUGCCCCCUCCCUCCCCCCCUCAAAACAGAAGAGGACUACAUCCCUUAUCCCAGCGUUCAUGAGGUUCUGGGUCGCAGGAGCCCUUUUCCACUGAUCCUGCUGCCACAGUUUGGAGGCUACUGGAUUGAGGGGACCAAUCAUGAGCCCAAAGACCCACCAGAAGCAGAUCAACCCCCCUGUCCUACCUCCCACAUAAAACUGGAGACAAACAGCACCGCCAAGAUAUACAGGAAGCAGUUCAUGGGCAAGGAACAUUUUAAUUAUUACACCAUGGAUGCUGCCCUGGGCCACUUGGUCUUUUCCAUGAAGUAUGAUGUCAUUGGGGAUCAAGAGCAUCUGCGCUUGAUGCUUCGCACAAAGCUAAAAACCCACCAUGAUGUGAUUCCCAUUUCCUGCCUUACCGAGUUCCCCAACGUGGUUCAAAUGGCCAAGCUUGUUUGUGAAGAAGUAAAUGUGGAUAGGUUUUUCCCUGUCCUCUACCCAAAGGCAUCAAGGCUCAUUGUCACCUUUGAUGAGCACGUGAUCAGCAACAACUUCAAGUUUGGAGUUAUUUAUCAAAAGUUCGGCCAGACAUCAGAGGAGGAGCUGUUUGGGAAUAUGGAAGAAAGUCCUGCCUUUGUCGAGUUCUUGGAGUUUCUGGGCCAGAAGAUUGAGCUUCAUGACUUUAAAGGGUUUCGCGGUGGGCUGGAUGUCACUCAUGGGCAGACAGGCAUAGAAUCAGUCUACACAAAUUUCCAUAACAAGGAGAUUAUGUUCCAUGUGUCCACCAAGCUGCCUUACACAGAGGGAGACUCACAGCAGCUGCAGAGGAAGAGGCACAUAGGCAACGACAUUGUGGCCAUCGUGUUCCAGGAGGAGAACACGCCCUUUGUACCAGACAUGAUCCAGUCCAACUUCCUGCAUGCGUAUGUGGUGGUGCAAGUGGAGAACACGUGUACGGACAAUGUCACCUACAAGGUGUCCGUGACAGCGAGGGAUGACGUACCUUUCUUCGGGCCUGCUCUGCCUGACCCCGCCAUCUUUAAAAAGGGCUCCGAGUUCCGCGAGUUCCUCUUCACCAAGCUCAUCAAUGCAGAGUACGCCUGCUACAAGGCUGAGAAGUUUGCCAAGCUGGAGGAGCGCACACGUUCGGCCCUGCUGGAGACUCUGUAUGAGGAGCUGCACAUCAACAGCCAGUCCAUGAUGGGUCUGGGUGGGGAUGAAGAUAAGCUGGAGAACGGGGGAGGCGGAGGAGGAGGAGGUUUCUUUGAAUCCUUCAAGCGGGUCAUCCGCAGCAGAAGCCAGUCUAUGGACGCCAUGGGCCUCAGUAACAAGAAGUCACACACAGUCUCCACUAGUCACAGUGGCAGCUUUACCCACAAUCCCGCAGAGAGCCCCAAAACCCCAGGGAUUUCAUUGCUUGUCCCAGGGAAAAGUCCCAGUAAAUAUGGACGUCGAGGCAGUGCCAUAGGGAUAGGAACAAUAGAAGAGUCAUUGAUAAUUCCUGGGAAAAGCCCAACCAGGAAAAAGUCUGGGCCCUUCAGCUCCCGUCGCAGCAGCGCCAUUGGCAUCGAGAACAUCCAGGAGGUCCAAGAGAGGAGCAGAGAGGUGUCGCCCAGCACCCAGAGGACACCCGACAGCAGCCACUUGUCGCAGGAAAAUAAAUCAGACAACUCGUCCAAUCACAGCUCUCCAGAGUUUCCUGCCACUAAGAACAGCUUGGCGAUGUGUUGCAGGGCGCCGUCCAUCCCCGAGGCACAGGACCUUUCCCGCUCCUCCUCCAACGCCAGCAGCUUCGCUAGUGUUGUGGAGGAGCACGAGCACGAGCACGAGGCCGAGGAGGAGUACGACACUGGACUGGAAAGUAUGUCUUGUGUUACGCCACUCAAGAGAGACUCGUUUUUGUACGGGUCUGGGGUGGAUGACAGUGCCUGCAGUUCCAGCCAGGGAAGUUCUCCAGCUUCUCGUCUUCAGCAGCAACCGGAUGGAGUGAAGACAUCGGAGCCAAAAGGGGCAGACAGCAGGCCCAAGAUGGAGCGCCCCCCCCAGGAGCACAAGUUCUCAUCGAACUGUUAGCCACACCCAAAUGAUCUCUACAUCAGCCUCCAUUUUCAGCAUUCCCAUACGAGGCAUCUUUUGCCACAAAUGAGCGAAGGGGCGUGUGAUUCCCACCACUGAUGCAGAAGGGGAGCAGAAUUAGAAGCCCAAUCCAGAGACUGACAGAUCGUCCACCGUGUGUUUGGGAUGGAUCUGCCACCUGCCAUGACAGACACCCAGCUUCACGGACAUGUUCCUACCUGACGCCCCUCCACAUGGAAUCCCUUUGUCAAAUGCUCGAGGCAAAAGAGAAAGAGACCUCCACACCCAUGCCCUCCUAACUGACACAUCUGUCAGCUGGCUCAGCAGAAUAAGUCAUUUUCCCAGGCCAGUAUGCUCUGAAACCCAAUUCUUACUGUAAACUGUCUUACUGUACUACUCAGCUGUUGUGUGUCCUCUUUUAGAGAUCAGGAAUUGAACAGGGGUUUAAUCUUGUGUCUGAAAGAGCGGUGAGAGAAACCGAGUCCGAGGGUCUAAAGGACAGAAGAGUUGCACAGGAGAGGAAAUGUUUUUUUAAUGUCAGCCUCACAUCCCGCUGUACAUGGGUUUAACUUUAAUGUACCGGGUCUGUAUAUGUGUGUGUGCGUGCGUGUGUGUGUGUGUGUGUGUGUGUGUGUAUGUGUGUGUGUGUGUGUGUGUGUGUGUGUGUGUAUCUGUCAGGCCACGUUUGUGUUUUAUUGAUGAUCUAUUCUUCUUAUCUUGGGUGUUCUGCAGUGGAUAUUUGUCGUGUUUUACGACAGCUUCAUAAUUCAUCAUGUUUUUGAUGGAGGGUACUUGUAUGAUGCUGCUGUUGGUGGCUGCAUCACUCACGUUUCUCCUGGGUGGGUGAAGGGUGAGAUAUAUUGCAGAAAAUGUGUCUGCAAUCUUUUGCAUUCAAAAUGUGGUUGUGACACAGUAAAUCUGUAAAAAAAAAAAAAGAAAAGAAAAGAAAAGAAAGAAAUAUUUUAACAUUAAAGUAGACUCUGUUGAUGCUGUAUGAUUAUAGUUAAAAGCAGAAUUACUGUAGUGCCCCAACCAGCAUCAUGCAUCCCCACUCCACCCUUCAAGGUACUGCUGUUUAGACCUUUGUCUCCAAAUGCUCUCCGUCACACACCACUUGUUGAUUUGAUGUCUGUGUACAGGUGUGUAUACAAUGGUACUGUGCAUGGUGUAAAUCUGCUUGCCAAAAACCUCUCCUCUGUACACUGGUGCCAUGCUUGACAUAGAGGUGUUAUCCCUGUGAUUUGUGUUUUUAUUGAAAACCAGCCAACAUCUCCAGAUGCAGUGCACAUUGCUGACUGAGAGCCACCGUUUCCUACUUUAUUUGUAAAGUGUAAUAUACGUACGCGACCGAAGCACUACAUUUUCAGAGUUAUCCCUGAAGCGCUGACCUUUUGAGAAACGUGAUUUGUUGCUGAAUAUGAAUUACACUGUGACCCGUCUUGAAGUUGCCUUUAUGAUUGUCACUUGAGCUGCUUUGAAGGAAGGUCAUAUUUAAAGGCACCUCGUUGCCCGGUGGCUUGAAUGUAAAACUAGGCAGACAUGUAUUUAUUUGUACAUAUCUGUUCCGAUGAAUGAGGAUACUGUGUUGACUUCUGACCAUGGAAAACUUGAGUGUGAAACAGCUCAUCUUUCUUGAGAAGACCAGCUUGUUCCUGUUUUCAGUUUGUUAUGAAGGAAAGAACUGAUACAUGGGAUUGUUUUAUUUUAGUGAUGUAAGUGAAGCAGACAUGAGAUUUAUUGUCUAUAGUGAAUCAAAGACAGCAUUUACAGUUUGUGAAAGUACAAAAGGUUUAAGACACUGGACCAAAUAUCUAAACAACCUAAACACUGUAUUCACCAAGCUGUUUACAGCUACAAAUCACCAGGGACAAAGUAAGAUUUGACUCAACAGAAAAAUGGCAUAGAAAAAAUAUAGAGACAUUUUUGGAAAUAAUUACACAUUUGUGUAUUACAGCCUAUUAAACUGAUUUAUGAAAAUACAUGAAUUCAGAUGACUUUCCUCUGGACUUUGGAAAAUGCUUGAGUAGAUGAAGUACACCCUCUUGUGGCUAUGUAAUAUUAUAGCACAUCACCAUGUGGUACCAUUCGUCUGUGUGCUUACACUGUAUGCCAACGGCCAAUCCGAACCACAUCAGGACCGGGAGCAAAUCUUCUAUGUGCUUGAUUCAAAUGAUUGUAUUUCUGUUCUUGUUAACAGUCUGCUUAAGCCCUUGUUCAAAAGACCUGUAAAUAUUGCUUUACAUCCUUUUUGUAAAUGAAACCAAUAAAAAUAUUUAAUAAAGAUGAAGAUGCAUACAAUAGAUCAAGCCCCUUGGGUAAUUUUUGCUACACAAUUAUGAAAAUGAGGAAUACAUUAUUUGA